GAGAGACAGAGAACAUUACCGAGCACAUUUUUGGAGAAAACGCAGUUGGCUACAGUUAUUCCAGAAAUUAGAAAUUUAAUUCAAAAAAUUGUUUUAUUCACUGAUUUUUCUGUUCAACAAGAAACAAAAGAAAAGAAAGCAAAAAUGUCUACUAUUAUGUUGCAAUCGUCGGAUAAGGAAAUCUUUGUUACCGACAUUAAAAUCGCGAAAUGCUCCGGGCUCAUUAAGAGAAUGCUAGAAGACUGUGGAGUGGAGAAUGAUGAGAAUGAAGUUGUGCCGCUGCCCAAUGUGAAUUCAAGCACUUUGCGCAGGGUUCUCACCUGGGCCAAUUAUCACAAGGAUGAUCCCCAGCCCAGUGAGGAUGAUGAACCCAAGGAGAAGCGUACCGAUGAUAUCAUUCCCUGGGAUGCCGACUUUCUUCAGGUGGACCAGAGCACCCUGUUCGAACUAAUAUUGGCUGCCAACUAUUUGGACAUCAAGGGGCUUCUGGAAUUGACUUGCAAAAUGGUGGCGAAAACUAUCAAGGGCAAGACUCCAGAGGAAUUACGCAAAACAUUCAACAUAAAGAAUGAUUUUACCGAGGACGAGGAGGCGGAACUGCGCAAGGAGAACGAAUGGGGUGAGGGUAAAUAGGAUGGACUCCAAGUCCUCAAAUUGUGAUGUCUACAUGCGGAAUGAACGAUAUAAUGCAGAAACCCACUUUUAUAUCUAUGAAGACAUAAGACAAUAAACGUACAUUCUAAACAA